GACGGAGUUGUCGACGUCGUCAACAUAGCUGACAUUGAAUAUCGCUUUCUGCGCUUUCUAAUGACUUCACAGUAAACAGCAAGAAGCAUAAACCGCGUGUUUUGUUUGUUUGUUUACGACUAUCACUCUUUGUCUUUGGGGAAGAUUUUCUUGGUUAGAGUGUCACUAAAGGAGUCAAGAGAUGGAGCUGCGAGGCAAAGAAGGAAAAACACCCAUUCAAAAGCCGCUGUGCAGACUGUGCGAGUGUCCGACGUCGGACGGCCACGUCCUCGCGUCGCAGGUGGACAGGUUCAAGCUGAGGAAAUGGGCCAUGGAGGUCAUGAACCUGACGGAAGAAGACGAAAACUUGCCGGACGUGGUCGAAGAAGACUCUUUGAUCUGCUAUUUUUGCAUCUGGCAGGCAGAGUUUGGGGAUGAGUCUGGAGACGAGGCUGUUGCUUGGUGGCCGAAAAACCUUGUUUUGGAAGAAAACGCUAGGGUUCUUCGGGACAACUAUUCAGUUGGAGAAGUGGAACAGUGUUGGGUGCAGUUGGAAGAGGUUGAUCUGGCCAAAUACGAAAAGGAAAUAUCUCCGAGAAGGAAACCGCUGAGUGGAGUGUGUCUCUACUGCGGCAACAGAUUCGGACGACUGAUGGAUCACGUCAAAGCUAUGCACAAAAAAGCCAUCAAAUGUGGAUUUCGGGGCUGCACGACUUACUUUCACACCGACGAGGAAAAGGAGCAGCACAUGCAGAACGAUUUUCACGAGAAACCUUACAGACCACCUCGUGAAAAGAAGAAAAUUCGUUGUAAAUAUUGUGAAAAUGAUACUAUAUUUUCCUCAUUCUCGUCGCGGACUCAUCACAUGAAACGCGUCCAUCCGGAACUUCCGGUGGCGUGCAAGCAUUACGGCUGCGAUGAGUUCUUCAAAUCCAAGUAUGAAAUGAGCAUCCAUAUCAACUCGUCCCACAAGAAAAACGUAAAUCAAGAUCUUUACUUAUGCAAGCAUUGCGAGUAUUUCACCACUGAGAAGUACCAUUUGAGACAUCACGAAGAGUCGAAGCACAUGCCAAAGAUCUUCAAAUGUGGCAGUUGCGACGCCAAAUUCGGCUCAAAGUGGGUCGUUAAAAAACACCAUAACAAAAUUCACACGUUCGAAAAGUGCAAAUCUUGUGGCCAGGACGUGGCUGUCGGAUUCAAGACGUACCACGGAAAGCCGAGGUCUUGCUCCAAUUGCAAAAUCCGUUUCAAGUGCAAGGGUUUGGACCAAUUUCAUAGGAAGAGCUGCUAUCUAACCUUCAGCAGAUGCAAAGAGUGUGGAAAACAGUUCGCCUUGCCUCACUUGUUGAAUAGACACGUGAAAACUGUUCACACCAAAAGCGUGAGUUGCGACCAUUGCGGCUAUUCUGCAUUCAACAAAUAUAAUAUGACGAAUCACAUGCAACGCAAACAUUUUCCAAAGACGGUUAAGUGUCGAGAGUGCAACAGAUUGUUUGCCUCGGAAUUGUUACUCGACAUCCACAAGUCCUGUGCGCACUCGUUCCUCCGCUGCGCCGAGUGUGCGCAGGAAAUACGUUUCUAUAACAUGCCGAUUCACAGGACCAGUAAGUGUUGCCGCCGCUGCGAGCGCAAGUUCAAGUGCCGUGGACUUCUUGAAAAGCAUGUUAACACCUGUGUGAAGACCAAUAGUAAAGAUUUCUAUUGUGACAAGUGCCCGAAUUUUUAUAGGAGAAAACAAUACUUGUAUAUUCAUAUUAAAAAGAAGCACAUAGGUAAAUAAAUUGUGCCAAAAUAGAAUAAAUAUUCUGAAAACCUUGUAAUAAAUUUUGAAAAUUGUCCCUUUGACGGUUAAUUAGACAGAUAUUCAGUUUCGUAAGGUGUUUCGUGUAAAAUUUUUUGAGAAAUUGUAUUUUGCACUCUAAAAAUAUACUUAUAAAUUACUAUUUGCCAGAAGUUUAAUAAAGAUAAAUUGAAUUGAA